UAGCCAGUGAGAAAAAGUGUGAAGCGUUUAUUUUGGUUAGAAAAAAAAAAAAAAUAGAAACAUAAACAAAAGAAGGAAGCAUUCUUCUACGGGUUUGGUUUUGUUUUUUAGCUGGCACUUGCUAAGGUCCUGUUUCACACGAGCAUCAAACAAUCACACCGUUCGUUCAUAAAACGAAAAAAGAGAGAGGAAAAACAAAUUAAGAUUAUUAUUAUUAUUAAAAGUGAAUAAAAAGGAAUUAUUAUGAAAGGUGGUGGUGGAGUUAUAGUAGUCAAGAAAGACUGUUGUUGUUGUUGUUGCUGGUUUAUUAUUUUUGUUUAUCGAUUAUUCUUAUUAUUAUUAUCAUUAUUAUUGUUUCAUGCUUUGGUUUUUGUUCUUUUAUUCUUCUUCAUUGUUGUUCUUUCUUUCCAAUUCUUUGUUACACGCUGCUUUUCUUAUCUUUUUAAUUUCAAUUUGAAUUUUUCUGUUGAUAAUUGUUGUUAUUUAUUUAUUUUCAUCAAUCAGAGGAUAAUGAUCCUUUAUUUCCAAUUUGGUUUCAAGAGAUAGAAAGAGAAGUCUCGAGAGAUAGAAAGAAAAAAAUAUAUGAGAUAACACAAUUUAGGAAAAUAAAAAACUGAAUCUUUUGGGCUACCCUAGUUUAUAUAUUUCCUUGUCGUGCUUUUGUUUUCUUCUAUUGUGCGGGUUCUGGAUUCCUAGGGUUUGAAAGGGGAAAAAGUUUCGAUCUCGAUCGGGUUCGUCCAUGGAGGCUGAGGCUGCUUCGGAGGCAGAAAACAAUACACAGAAGAGGGACGAUGCAGGUGAUAACAGCAAUGACAAUAACAACAAUGGAAGCAGUAGCAGAAUCGUGAAUUCCAAUGAGGGUCAGAGUAAGCCCAAGCGCCAGAUGAAGACCCCCUUUCAGCUUGAAACGCUCGAGAAAGCUUAUGCUUUGGAGACGUAUCCAUCGGAGACGAUGAGGGCGGAGCUGUCGGAGAAGCUGGGAUUGUCGGAUCGGCAGUUGCAGAUGUGGUUCUGUCACCGGCGGUUGAAGGACAAGAAGGACUCGUCUUCGAAGAAGCCGGUGGUGCCGGCACCACCUUUGCCGGAUUCUCCAACUGAUGACCCGAGGUUGGGUCAUGAACCUGGUAAUGAUUACGGAUCCGGGUCGGGUUCGGGUUCCAGCCCGUUUACCCGUUCGGAGUUGCGGAAUGUGAUGCCCGGCCGGGGCGUGCCGGGGUACUAUGAGUCACCGCAGACUAUAAUGGAGCUUAGAGCAAUUGCUUGUGUGGAGGCACAGUUAGGUGAGCCUUUGAGGGAAGAUGGACCCAUUCUUGGAGUUGAGUUUGAUUCAUUGCCACCGGAUGCGUUCGGGGCACCCAUAGCUGUUACAGAACAGCAGAAGAGGCCCAGUCUUGCCUACGACAGUAAAGUAUAUGAAAGACAUGAUGCGAGAACAAAUAAGGCAAUGGCAAGGACAUUUCCCGAAUAUCCAUUUCUUCCAAACCAGUCUGGCAUUAGAUCGGAUGCUUUUGGACAAUUGAGCCAACCACAUUUACAUGAUCCAAUGGAGGGUCCUACCAGAACUCCUUCUUUUCCCCUUGGAAUUGAACAGCUACCCAGAAUUCAUGCUACCCCAAGUCAUUCUUCUCGUGUUCGCCUUUUGUCUCAACAGGACAAACAAGCGAUUCUCUAUCCAUCUCCUCAUCGAGAGAAUGAUGUUUCUCCCCAAAGGGAAUCUUAUACAAACAUAGCCAAUACUGGAAUGAACUCCCACUUUACUGAUCAUCCAAUUGUUGGACAAGAAAAUCCUUAUGUUUUACCUGGUGGACAAGUUUUUCAUAAUGAUGCAGUAUUGCCAGUAUUGCGGAUGGAGAAGAAACGAAAGAGUGAUGAUGCCAGAGUUGCCAGGGAAGUUGAAGCCUAUGACAUAAAGAUUCGGAAAGAGCUUGAGAAACAAGAUAACCUUAGACGAAAGAAUGAAGAGCGAUUGAGGAAAGAAAUGGAAAGACAAGAUCGUGAAAGAAGGAAGGAAGAAGAGCGGUUGAUGCGUGAGAGACAGCGGGAAGAGGAAAGAUCUAAGCGUGAGCAAAGACGGGAAAUAGAACGAAGGGAAAAGUUUUUGCUGAAAGAACAUUUAAGGGCUGAGAAAAAGAGGCAAAAAGAAGAGCUUCGCAAAGAAAAAGAGUCAGAGAGAAGGAAAGCUGCGCUUGAAAAGGCAACUGCUCGUAGAAUAGCUAAAGAAUCUAUGGAGCUUAUUGAGGAUGAACAGCUGGAAUUGAUGGAGUUGGCUGCAGCAAGCAAGGGACUUUCCUCUAUUAUACAUAUUGAUCUUGAUACUUUGCAGAACCUUGAAUCAUUUAGGGAUUCAUUGUGUGUUUUCCCACCCAAGAGUGUAAAGCUGAGAAAGCCAUUUGCUAUCCAACCCUGGAUCAACUCAGAACAGAAUGUUGGCAACCUUCUCAUGGUUUGGAGAUUCUUGAUUACUUUUGCUGAUGUUCUUGAGUUAUGGCCUUUUACUCUUGAUGAGUUUGUACAAGCAUUUCAUGACUAUGAUUCAAGAUUGUUGGGUGAGAUACAUGUUGCUCUUCUUAAAGUUAUAAUAAAAGACAUUGAAGAUGUUGCAAGGACACCUUCUACAGGAUUAGGAGUGAACCAAAAUGGAGCUGCUAAUCCUGGAGGUGGCCAUCCAGAGAUUGUGGAAGGAGCAUAUGCAUGGGGCUUUGAUAUUCGAAAUUGGCAGAAGAACUUAAAUCAAUUGACAUGGCCAGAAGUUUACCGACAGUUAGCACUGUCUGCAGGAUUUGGACCGCAGCUAAAGAAAAGAAGUAUUGCAUGGUCAUAUCCAAAUGAUAAAGACAAGGGAAGAAGUUGUGAAGAUAUCAUUUCUACACUUCGUAAUGGUUCAGCAGCUGAAAGUGCAGUGGCAAAAAUGCAAGAGAAAGGUCUAUUAGCUCCUCGAAGAUCAAGGCACCGGUUAACUCCUGGAACAGUUAAAUUUGCAGCAUUCCACGUUCUCUCACUAGAAGGUAGCAAGGGCUUGACAGUAAUAGAGCUUGCAGAAAAAAUUCAGAAAUCUGGUCUUCGGGACCUGACGACCAGCAAGACACCUGAAGCAUCAAUUUCUGUUGCUUUGACAAGAGAUGCUAAGCUUUUUGAAAGAAUAGCUCCAUCGACAUAUCGUGUGCGGGCUGCAUUUAGAAAGGAUCCUGCUGAUGCUGAGUCCAUUCUCUCUGAAGCAAGAAAGAAAAUUCAGAUAUUUGAAAAUGGAUUUGUAGCUGGUGAAGAUGCUGAUGAUGUUGAAAGAGAAGAGGAGUCAGAAAGUGAUGAAGUUGAUGAAGAUCCUGAAGAUGAUGAUUUACUAAAUCCUUCAACUGCAAACCAAAAUUUGGAACAGUACGAUGGUACAAACAUUUGUUCAUCAAAUAUGAAAGAAGAUUUGGGUCAUGAUGUAGACCUUAUUCAAAACGAGUUUGAUACGGAUCUGCCUUGUUUUCCUGAGAAUGGUUCCAAGGAUGCUGAUUGUCCCAGUUCUGUCACUGGACAACCUGUUGCAUGUGAAGGUUUAAAUACUGGAAAUCUUGAAGAAGAUAAUAUGGAAAUUGAUGAAAGUAAGUCUGGAGAGUCCUGGGUUCAAGGGCUUGCUGAAGGAGAAUAUUCUGAUCUCAGUGUAGAGGAGCGUCUAAAUGCUCUUGUUGCAUUGGUUGGUGUGGCAAAUGAAGGAAAUUCAAUCCGUGUUGUUCUUGAGGAUCGUUUGGAAGCAUCAAAUGCUUUGAAGAAGCAAAUGUGGGCAGAAGCACAGAUAGAUAAAGUUCGUCUGAAAGAUGAUAAUAUUAAUAAAUCAGAUUUUCCAUCACUUAUUGGAAAUAAAGUUGAAACACAAUUCACUUAUCCUGCUGUGGAGGGCAACCAAAGUCCAUUGCUUGAUAUUAAUAUUAACAGUAUCGAUAAUGAAGCAUCACCCAGCACUGCAGAAAACCAAAGAGAUGCUCCUGCUGCACAGAGCCUACCUUUCGAAAAGUCCUCAUUAAUUCAAGAUUUAUGCGCUGGCACAGGUCCAGACAAUGCUCAGACUCAGGUACCUGCACAAUAUUCAAAAAGGUCACGUUCCCAAUUAAAAUCUUAUGUUGCCCACCUAGCAGAGGAGAUGUAUGUCUACAGGUCUUUACCCCUUGGCCAAGAUCGCAGACGUAAUCGAUAUUGGCAGUGUGUUGCAUCUGCUUCUAGCAAUGAUCCUGGUUCUGGCAGGAUCUUUGUUGAAUAUCAUGAUGGCAAAUGGAGGCUUAUUGAUUCUGAAGAGGCCUUUGAUGUUCUUUUGACAUCAUUGGAUUCACGUGGGAUCAGGGAAUCUCAUUUGCGCUUGAUGUUGCAAAAGAUUGAGAAUUCCUUUAAAGAAAAUGUUCGGAAGAAUACACAAUGUGCCAAAAUCGGAAGCAGAGGCAAAGUUUCUAUUAAAAAUGAAGCUAAUGAAACAUAUCCCUUCCCUGAUCGCAAUGCUGGGUCUGACAGUCCUAGCAGUACCCUUCAUGGCUUGAACUCUGAUUCAUCAGAAACUUCAUCAUCUUUCAAAAUCGAGCUUGGAAAAAGCGAGGUCGAGAAAAAAGAUGCCUUGAGAAGGUAUCAAGAAUUUCAAAAGUGGAUGCGGAAAGAAUGCUAUAAUCCAUCAAUUUUAUGUGCAAUGAAAUAUGGGAUAAAGAGAUGCAAACCUCAGGUGGAUAUUUGUGAUAUCUGUCUUAAUCCUUAUUAUGUUGAGGACUUCCAUUGCAAUUCCUGCCACCGGACUUUUUCCUCAAAUAAUGGAUUUAAUUUUUCUAAACAUGCAUUUCAAUGUGGAGACAAGUUAUCCAAAGAUAUUUGUAUUUUGGAAUCAUCACUUCCCUUGCGAACUAGAUUGCUCAAGGUCCUGUUAGCUUGUAUUGAGGUAUCUGUUCUGCCUGAAGCAUUUGGAACAAUUUGGACAGAUGAUAUUAGGAAGCAUUGGGGUGUGAAGUUGAGCAAUUCAUCGUCCGUGGAGGAACUUUUACAGAUAUUGACCCUAUUUGAAAGAGCAUUACGGCGAGAUUUUCUGUCAUCAAACUUCUCUCCAACUGACGAAUUGUUAGGCUCAAGCAGUGUGUCAGAAAAUGCUGCAAAUACUUGUUUUGAUCCUGAAUCAGUUGCUGUACUUCCAUGGGUUCCACAAACCACUGCUGCUUUGUCUCUCAGGCUUUUUGAGAUUGAUUCAUCCAUCAGCUACGUAAAGCAUGAGAGACCUGAGCCUUGCGAGGAGAAAGAAGUGAGAGAGUACAUAAAGCUUCCUUCAAGAUAUACUCCGUUCAAAUCUAAUAGGGAGGUUGAUCCAGCAGAAUUUGACCAUGAUGAAUUCAUUAAAGAUAAAUCAGCUCCUAAGAAAAUUGUACGAAGUGGCAAUAAACGUGGACGAGGGACUAAUGAUCAAGGACGGGGUAAAAAGCUGUCUAAAAGAAUGUACAAUUCCAAGAGAGAUACUGGCCGCCGAAAUGUUAAGGUCACUGAUAAUCUAAGUCACAAACUAAAACAGCAGGGACAAGGUGGUGGGCGAGGCCGUCGAACUGUCAGGAAACGGAGAGUGGAAAAGAGAGCUGUUGAAGAUUUGUUGCUGGGCCAUACCGCGGCAGCCAGUUGUAGCUCCAAGAUUGGUAGAGAACCAUUAAGAAGAAGCUUGGAUGAGGAAUGGGAUGGAGAAAAGACAAGCCCCAUGACUCCUGUACACAUUGGGGUUGCUGACAAUAGUAAUAGUGCUGAAGAGAUGGAAUCUGAUGACAAUGCUCAAGCAGUGGAAUAUCAUCAAGGAGACUGGGAGGUAGGUUUUAAUGGUGUCCCCCCCAACAGAUGGAAUAGGGAUUCGGUUGGAAUGAGUGAUGAAGAUGUGGAUGCUUUUGAAGAUGACAAUGACAAUGACAAUGACAAUGGCAUUGAAGAGGAGGAUUCAGAGGCAGAUGUUAUGAAUGAGGGUUCAGAUGGCAUGCCAAAUAGAGUAAUAAAUAAUGUAGGAGGCUCUGACUCGGCUGUGUCUGACGAUUCUUCUGAUUAGAACAUCCAUUUUUAUUUGAUCAAUGAAGGAAUUUGCAUCUGAAGCCUGCAUUGCAUUUUUGAUAUUGCAGCUUUACAAAAUACCUGAGCUCCGGGUCAUGUCAUUGGCUUGAAGAGUUUAUGGUUCAGUAGAUUUAGUGUAUAUUAUCCAUGCAAAAUGGAGCCUUAUAUUUUUAACCAUCUUUAAGCAGAGGGCCUUUGUAGCCAACCCCAUUUUUUUUACCCUCCUUGUAAUAGUUACCCAUUAAUUAAUAAAGCUUUAUUAUA